CCAGGCAGCAGCCGACGAAAGACUUCGCUGUAUUUUCGUUAGUGUUUGUUUGUUUUUUAGCACUGAAAGAGACGUUUACACUUAUGUAGUUUUGUUAUUUAACGACUGGUUUUAGUUGUUUUUUUUAGUUGUUUUUAAACCAACACAAAAAGCCGAACUUGUUUCCUGGCUUCUUCUGAGAUUUUUUAAUAUUAUUUUCCACCGAUUACAAUUUGAGGUGUGUUCUUGAAGUUAAAGGUAUGGACACACAUCCAGUGCAGCAGAGAGGGCUCUUGUCUGCAGCGGUUAGCUAGCUAUGCCUAGCUAGGUGUCAGAUCCUGCCGGACCCAUCCCUUUGACCUGAAUCUUGGUCAUAACCUCCGGGACUUUCUGGGACUUUUAAGUCCUCCUUGGCCCUCUCUGGACUAGACGAUGAGUGAAAGACGUGCACAGUCCUUUCACAUGACGUGCCAUGUUCAACGUGACUAUGGCAGCAGGAUGAGAAGCUCCUUUAUAAGUUGCAGACCCAAUGGAUAUGCCAGUGCGAGCCUCAGCCGAAGCCUGGAAAAGGAGAUGGAUGCCAACCCUGCCUCCUCCAUUGGUACGGCAACUACUGGGUCCUCCCUGCGGGCUCCUGCGCCUAGCAGAUGCCACUUCUAUCCUGUUUCACAGGAACUAGACCCCACAACAAUGAAUAAUGGAUCUGGCAUUCCCUGCUCUCCGCCAGCGGACACAAAGGACACCACGCUGCACACCUUACACAGCCAGCCCUCCAUCAUCGUUGGCCCUCCACCUCUCCCUCCUUCAAGCUGGCUGCACCAUCAUCAAAAGAAUUUCCAGAGCCCCUACCUCAAUACUAGCAUGCAGGGGGAUGUUUACAACUUCCUAGAGAGACCUGCUGGAAUGAAAUGCUUCCUUUACCACUUCCUCGUCUUCGUCAUGGUACUGGUGUGUCUAAUCUUCAGUGUGCUGUCCACUAUAGAGCAAUAUGCAGAGUUUGCUACAGGAACCCUCUUCUGGAUGGAGAUUGUGCUGGUGCUGUUCUUUGGCACAGAGUAUGUGGUCCGGCUGUGGUCGGCAGGCUGUCGCAGCAAAUAUGCAGGCAUCAAAGGACGCCUCCGCUUUAUCAGGAAGCCCAUAUCAAUCAUAGAUUUGAUAGUGGUCGUUGCUUCAAUCAUUGUGCUUGGUGUAGGAUCCAAUGGCCAAGUGUUUGCCACGUCUGCCAUCAGGGGCAUCCGUUUUCUCCAAAUUCUGCGCAUGCUUCAUGUGGAUCGACAGGGAGGAACAUGGAGGCUCCUGGGAUCUGUAGUCUUUAUUCAUCGACAGGAGCUGAUCACCACCCUGUACAUUGGCUUCCUGGGCCUGAUCUUUUCCUCCUACUUUGUCUACUUGGCGGAGAAGGAUGCUGUGGAUGAGGAGGGCAAGACGGGCUUCGCUAGCUAUGCCGAUGCCCUGUGGUGGGGCGUGGUAACUGUCACCACAAUUGGGUACGGAGACAAAAUUCCUCAAACGUGGAUAGGCAAGGCCAUUGCCUCCUGCUUCAGUGUCUUCGCCAUCUCCUUCUUCGCUCUGCCUGCAGGUAUCCUGGGCUCAGGGUUUGCCCUGAAAGUCCAACAGAAGCAGAGACAGAAGCACUUCAACAGACAGAUCCCUGCUGCAGCUUGCCUCAUCCAGACACUUUGGAGAUGCUAUGCAGCAGAGAAACCAAACGGCUGUGCUGUGACAUGGAAAAUGUAUGUUCUAACUCCAGUGCCCGUCACCACAGUGGAAUCUGACAACUUCAGCCCUUACGUCAGGAAACUGAACAUAUCGAAGAAAGGGACCAAGAGGAGGUUGAAGCCCAGACGUAAUGGCUCUAUGGGUGUGGCUUCAGAGAGAGCUGUAUCGAUCCCCCAGAUCACCUAUGAUCACAUUGAGGACUCUGAGAAGAAGAAAGAUGUCUCUUUUUUCCAGGAUGAGCCAAGGGUGGCUGUUGAAGGAAUCGCCAGAAUGUUCAGACAAACAGGCCCUCCUCAACAUUCUUGGUCGUCUUUCACUCUGAGCUGCCCUGGCUCUCCAGUGAGAAGGAAUCGUGAUGACAGCACCUCCAUCGACAUCUCCCGCGCAAACAGCUUAAGCGAUGAGCUGGACUACAUGACUGAGGACAUUCCCCUGCCUGUGGUGAAAGCACAGUUGUCCCAUGCACAGAGAUCGGCUGUAAAAGUCCUCCGCAGAAUGCAGUACUUUGUUGCCAGGAAGAAAUUUCAGCAAGCACGGAAGCCCUAUGAUGUGCGGGACGUGAUCGAGCAGUAUUCCCAGGGUCACCUCAACAUGAUGGUCCGCAUCAAGGAACUGCAAAGAAGGCUCGAUGGCACACUGGGGAAGCCGGGAAUGUUUCUUCCAGGAAAAGGAGAGGAUAAAGAAUACCCAACUAUUGGAGCGCGACUGAUCAGGCUUGAAGAUAAGGUCCACCAGAUGGACAGGAAACUGGACUCAGUCCUGCGGAUACUGAUGGAGCAGUUUCCGCCCAAGCCGGAGCUGAUGUCCAAGCCCUCCAUCCGCCGGGUGACCAUCCAGAAACGCAUGGGUGAGGAGCUCUGAUGCCAGAGCGAUGGUCCCACCUAGUAUGAUGUCGCCGCAGGAGGAUUAUAGGACCAGGAUUCACGUAAACAGCCUAGCCCCCUACAUGAGUGGUUAGCCUGCAAAUAAUAAGGGGACUGUCUUCCAAAAACCCCUUCCUCUCUUCCAUUGCAAUCCCGAAUUUUCUCAUUGACUUUUGACUACUGAGUAGAGAACAACUUCUAAUUGUCCACUUGGCGUUGCGUUGCUCUGGGCCAUGAGGCCACUUAGAGUGGGAUUCAUGAGAUGGUGUAUAAAGAAGGUAACGGGCCUCUUCCUUCUGAUGAAUGUUGGCCGUGUUCGGGUCUUUUAUAGUUGUCUAAAUGUAACUUUCUCCUCUACACCAGCAUUGUGAGCCCACAGUCAUUCAAGCAGCGACAUGCCACAUUAAUUUAUUUCCUUACAUUAGGCUCAUAAUCACACUCAGAUAAUGGUAAUUUAUGUGUGGCCUGUCACUGAGCUGCAUUCCUCUACUCCAAAUAUUAUUCCAAAGCUAACUAACCCAGUAAUAAAGUUGUAAUGCAAUCAACGCCCUCAAGUUCCCCAAAGACGCAGACAAAACUGAGAGUCUGGCCAUGGCAGAGGCAUAUAUCAAAUCCUUCUGAUUAUCCUGGCCCCAUCCACACCCAGUACACAACAGGGUUAUGUCCAUCUAGCCUAACUGUACUUAGGCUGCGGCGGGUGUUUGUUAGUAGUGAUCGGAUAACACGAGGAGGGGAGGGCAGACUAUUUGUUGACUUUGCCCUGUGUUAGGGACCAGAAGGCUGAAGUACAAGAAAUUGAAUUUUAGAAGGGUGUAUGGGGUGGGUGGCUACUUGGUGCUGAUUCACAGCUACAUUGAAGUUAAUAAAAAUACCCAAACUGUAGAUGCAGGGUCUGGUACUGCGUUACAAAAAUACAGUCCGAAGUUAGUGCACGGUCUCUUAGCUUGGGCCAAGAUUUUCACUGAGAGAUUUCAUGCGUAUAUCAAUCUCAAACAGUUUUAGCAGCACCACUACUCACUCCACCCUGCCUAAUAUCCUCUAUUACCCUGUUCAGGGGGCUCAUGCUGCUGUGUGCAAUUUGAAAUAAAUUUGCCCCAUUAAAGCUCUGAUUAUUUUUUCCUCUGCAGAGCUAAUUAAGUGCUGAAUUCCUGGUAAGGGAAUAUUACUCACUGUGAGCCACUAAUGAAAAGAAACACGGAAAAUGUGCAGAAUUUAAACAGUAAGCUUUGAGGAGCAGGCGCACUAAUUCUGUGUGAAAUAUCAGGAUACCACUGGGAGCACACGUUUGAAAUUAAAAGACAAUGCUCUCACUUUGUUCCCAUAAUUAUAGUAUUUAUCUGACAAGAUGCCAAGGCAUGUAGGAAGUAGAAAAUAGAAAAUAACUAAACUAUCAAGCUACUGUAUGAAAGGCCUCCCAUAAUUAUAGUAUGCACAUUCCUAAAGAGACGGAUGUACACACAAAAGUGGGGUGAACAAGGGAAGGGGACAGAGGACAGGCCUUCUCUCUGCACUAGUACAUAAUUUCAUUUUUUGCAGUGUUAAUAAAAAAGCUACUAUUCAUCUUGCAUUAAAUAAAAUGGUUGUAUUUUAAAGGCACUCUAAUUUUGUGACAGACCUUGCUAGAAAUCUGCCUGUCUAUUCUCCUGUACAGUUUAUAAGAGUUGUAAAUAGAAACAUUGCCUUAUUGUAUUUUAUUUAUUAUCAUGUGGAAAGAUCAACAUGGAACAUGUGUGCUUGUUGGAACGGUGAGAAACACAAAGAGUAAGGCUCCUGUUGUACAGAUGGAUGGAAAUGAUUGUAAAUGAUAUUCACACACACCCUCUGCACUGUAGUUCUGCUGUAAAUAAUAAAACUCCAUUUCAUUA